AUGAAGAAGCAAAAUGUACGCACUCUAUCUUUAAUUGUGUGCACAUUUACAUAUUUGCUGGUGGGUGCUGCAGUGUUUGAUGCAUUAGAAUCUACCACUGAGAGACACAGAUUUGAAGUUUUACAAGCGAUUGAAGGCAUAAUAAUAAGGAAAUACAACAUCACGGAAGAGGACUUCCGUGUGAUGGAGACAGUGGUGCUCAAAUCGGAGCCCCACAAGGCUGGUCAGCAAUGGAAGUUCACAGGAGCAUUUUACUAUGCUACAACAGUGUUGACAACUAUUGGUUACGGUCAUUCGACGCCGGCAACCAUAGGUGGCAAGUUGUUCACGAUGUUCUACGCUAUAGUGGGGAUCCCACUCGGGCUUAUCAUGUUUCAGAGUAUCGGUGAGCGGGUCAACAGAUUGAGUAGUGUCAUCAUAAAAUCCAUCAAGAGGGCGAUGAAUUGUCAACAUACCAACGCCUCAGAAGUGGAUCUAAUAUGCGUUGUGACCACGUUGUCUUCUCUGACCAUCGCCGGUGGUGCAGCAGCCUUCUCCAAGUUCGAGGGCUGGAGUUACUUUGAUAGUGUCUAUUACUGCUUCAUUACUCUUACUACUAUAGGAUUCGGCGACAUGGUAGCGUUACAACGCGACAACGCGUUGAACCGGAAGCCUUCGUACGUGAUGUUCGCGCUGAUCUUCAUAUUGUUCGGGCUGGCGAUAGUGGCCGCUUGUCUUAACCUGUUGGUUCUAAGAUUUGUCACUAUGAAUACGGAAGACGAGAAACGGGACCAACAACAGGCGGAACAGGCGCAGCAAGUGGCAGUAAGACUAGAAGGCGACGUGAUCACAGCGGACGGGGCAGUAUUACGCGGAGUAUCGCGCGGUACAAGAUUGCCGGCCGACCCGAGGCAUAUCGGGACAGCGGAUGCGUCUCUCAUGCCACUGUACAUAGACGAAGAAUACGCACCUAGUGUAUGCAGCUGUUCCUGUAACUGCUUCGGUCCGAAUAGAUCGAUACCAUACCGCGAUCCGUUAUCACCGGUACCGCCCACCAACAUAAAACAGAUCAAAAACAAAAACUACCGCGAACUAGGCGGCUUACCGCGCUACAUAGAGAAAUCUUCGUCCAAAAAUCGUUCCCAAACGUUGCGGCUAAACUCCGCUUCCGGUUACCUCUAUAUGAACGCGAAGACCAACGACUUCCAAAUAGACCCUGAAGACUUCAGGGAAAUAGUGGCAAAGAGGCGUGAACAACUCCGCAGAGGUAUGCUGAUGUACGAAAUGCGAUACAACAACAACGAACAGUACCUCAACCCUUAUAGGCACAGCAUAAGCAAUAGAGGAUGCAGUCCGCCUUCUGCAUCUCUCUACUCUAUGAACAUGAGGUCUGAGAACCGGAGCAACGACCCCUUAGUCGACGAUUACGACUCGGAAAAGUCCAGCUACGCGAAAAAGAAACUCAUGAAGAACAUAGCUAGGAACACGCAGCGAAUGGACAACUACUUUUACGACGACGCCGAACUGAGAUUCGACGACGAAUACGCGUUCGACGGUUCGAUAAUAUUCGCGAAACGUAGAAAAUCGCUGGAGAAAAAGUGGGAGGAGUAUAUGUGCGAAUUGCCCAAGAACCCUGAUCAGAUAUCCAACGACGGCAGUUACGGAUACUACCUGCCAGAUGAGGAAGAACAAGAACAGUAUUUCGUCAACGACACUCUAACUUUCAACCUGCCACCGCAUAGAGCAAGCAUAUAG